GUGAUGUCAUUUUUGUUAGACUCCCGACACUGUUUGUCACUGUUGGCAUUACGUCGCGUUCCAAGUAUAGCAACUUACUCAUCGAGCCCUAACGUCAUCUAUAUCGCAGCUAUAAUCUUGAGACCGAGAGAUCAGCGAGUCUUUGCUUGUUCAAGUCAUCCUGACGUCAUCGGUUACUCACCCGACACAAAACUAGAGACUGCGACGGAGUAGCUCGAUUUGUAGGAUCUUGACAAGACCCGGUGUGUUGAAUACCACUCUAUAUAUACUCCCACCAACUAUCUCUACCGUUUGACGACGUAUUUGUGUGUCUAUCUCUACACUCAUGAUGGCAACUUGUGGACAGAGUUUGACGCGGGGUUUAUCCUCAACUACACUGUCGCCGUCCGAAGGCGAUUGUGACACUGUGAGUGCCGAACAGCUAGCCAGAUGGCUCGAGAGCAGGCAGAUGGACCGAGAAAUGUGCGAGGACAUGCUGAUUGUCGACACGCGUGGUCUGGCGCAAUUCAACGCCGGUCACGUCCGCGACUGCGUUCACGUGUGUGGAAACAAGCUCGUGAAGCGGAGACUACAACAGGGCAAGAUUAGCGUGGAAGAGCUGCUCGGUGAUCGAGCUAGCAUCGGGUCGGUGGCUGUUUUGUAUGGAGACGUUGAGGACGAGUUUACUGAACUGCUAGCGACCAAGAUGAAAGGACUGUUUACUGAAACGUACAAACUAGCAGGUGGGUUUUCUAGUUUUAUUGCCUUAGCUCCAGCCUUCUGUGUUGGACAACAGAGUUGUCAACUGUAUCCCGGUCGUUUUCAAUCCAGCUGUAAUGACUUGGUGUGUACCACUGUUACUGAAGUGUUGCCAUUUCUUUAUUUGGGAUGUCAAAGAGAUGCACAAGACUGGCAAGUUAUACAAAGUCACAACAUAAAGUAUGUCAUGAAUGUAACAGACAAAUGUGAGCCUCAAUUUGAAGAGCACGUGAAGUUUUUGAGACUGCCAGUGAGAGAUUCAGGAGAUGAGAAUCUUCUUGUUUAUUUUAACAAAGCUAUUGGUUUUAUUGAUGAGGCAAGGCAACAUAACUCUGGUGUGUUAGUACACUGUUUUGCUGGCAUUUCUCGAUCAGCCACUGUUGCUAUUGCUUACAUUAUGCAUCAUAAGAAAUGUUCAUUAGAUGAAGCAUACAGGUUUGUGAAAUCCAAGAGGCCAAAUAUUUCUCCCAAUUUGAAUUUUAUGGGUCAGCUGCUUGACUUUGAGAAGACAUUACGUUCACCUAUGGCAAGUUCGAAGAUGGCCAUUCGUCCAUUAGGUAGUCCUAAUUCAUGCAAGACUAAAGGUAAUAUGUGUGAUGAGACAAACAAACACUUGUCACAAUGUCUUGCUUCUGUCCAUUCUGGUCGUGACUGCAAUGGAUGUACUUGUGAUAGAGAUUCACCAGUUGGCUGUAGUGAACUAGUUUCCUCUACUUCAUAAUUUACUUUAGUACCAUUGCUGUUAUUAUUGAUUGUGAAACUAGUGUAUACAGUAUGUGCAUACAAUGAUGUCAUAUAAUCUAGUCUUUUUAUCAUCGAUUGCCAGACUAUUCAUUGUUCAGAGAACACAGAGUUGUUGUAUAGGUACUUUUCUCUGUGUGUGUUUUGAAUGUCGGCUAGUUUGUGUCAAGAUGUCUCAAAGUUGCAGUUGCUAAUUUUCUCGUUGCUGUAAUAGUUUCAUGUAAUCAACUA